CUUGUGCUCAAAGAAUUUAUAUUAAUUUAUCAAAGUUGGACCAUUUUGAGUAAUGCUUUGAUUAUUGAAAAGGCUAAAUUACUAGCGAGCGAAUUAAAGAUUCCUGAGGGUAAGUUACAAUUUUCUCAAGGAUGGCUUCAAAAAUUUAAGAAAAGAAAUAGAAUUCGUCAAAGAAUACUUCAUGGUGAAGAAGCAUCUGCUGAUCAAAAUGCUAUUAUCAAGUCUUUGCUAUUACUGCGAGAUAUAUGUGCAAGAUAUUCUUUCAACAGAAUAUAUAACAUGGAUGAGACUGUCCCUCCAAAUGACCAAAUUAUCAAGGAGCUUGCUUAUACAUUUAAAAAGGAUGAAAGUGUUGAUAAAAAUAUUAUUGAAGUAGAUGAUGAGGAUGAUAGUGUUGAGAUUAUAGCUGUUAGUGGUAGUUUAGCAUUGAAUAAUUUAGAAAAUAUUCACAUGUUUUUACUUCAACAAGAGGGCUCAG